AUGCAGAAGGAAGCGAUCGAGGAAAGCAUGAAACUCAGGGAGAAGGAGACCGUCCUCCACUUUUUCUUGCACGACACGCCCGGAGGCAAUAGCCCUAGCGCAGUCCGGGUGGUCCAAGCCAAUGGCACAGCACAAAUUAACACGUCGCUCACCCCAUUUGGCACCAUUUGGGUCGUUGAUGAUCCAUUGAAGGAGUGUCCGGACCCUAAAUCAACGGUCAUUGGGAACUCCCGAGGUGUCUAUGUGUCUGCGAGGCAGGCCGAGUUGAUGCUUGUGGCUUACCUCGACUUUGGUUUCACGAAGGGUGAGUUCAACGGCAGCUCCAUUAGCGUGCUUUCUAGGAAUCUGGUGACGGAGAUUGAGAGAGAAUUUGCAGUGUUUGGAGGGCGAGGGAAGUUGAGGAUCAUGACUAGAGUAGCCAAUCUAAAGUGCAUUUUCUUCAAUGAGAAUACCGGUGACUCCAUUGUGGAGUACACAGUAGUGGUAAGACAUUUCUGA